UGUAUAGUUAAUGUUACGUUCAUUGCAAUCUAAUGCACUGUCAGUGAAAAGUUUAUUUGAAGACAGUUCGAAAUAUGACAAUGUCAAUGCUUUUAAGUAUAACAUCCCGUGACUGAUGGUAAUUCUGUUUUAAAUGAAUUACGGCUGCAACACCGACACAACAAUGGCUAAUUGUUUCAACAUCUCCUUACGGGGUACUGCAUUUACAACGAAUUCUGUACCAGUGAAGGAUUUCAUGGACAAUCUGACCAAAGAUGGCCAAGCAAUGGCAACGCCAGCAGGGAAUUAUUUCGUAGACAGAAACCCUGUCAUAUUCCACCAUGUUUUGGAUUAUUGGUCAGGUAAAACUUUUCAUCUUCCAAGGGGGAUAUGUGCCGUUCAGGCGAGGGAAGAAAUGGAGUUUUGGAUGAUCCCCCUGGACGACAUUCCAAAAUGUUGCUUUGAAGUAUUGUACGACGACAAUUUGUCCAGCUACGAGGCGAUCGAAAACAUGGAGGAACAUUUGAGUAUUGGGAUUUCCCCAAUGGGAAAAGAGACAGUAGAUCGGAGUAAAUUUCAGAACAUAAGAGACACCCUCAAUAGGGCAGCAGCACAUCCGGGGUCUUGCCUGCUAGGGAAGGUGUGGUUAUUCCUGGUGGUUCUGUGUACCUUCAUCACAGUUACCUGUUUCUUGCUGAAUACGCACAGGGAGUUCAGAGUACCAAGAGGGCACGUUCCAGUUGUACCAGAUAAUGUCACUCACAACCGCAUCUUCAGCAAUCCAAAGCACACAAUGAUAUUCACCACAGCAGUUCCUGUGGAACGAAUUACGUUAGAUGUUAUUUCUAACGUAGUUCUCUUGAUGGACAUAUGUUUACGAUUCGGGAUCACGCACCAAAAGAAGGCUUUCAUUUUGAACAUACAAAACAUCGUAGAGUCAAUAGCUUCAACGACUUCUUUCAUCGUCAUAAGUGCAGAUAGAUAUCCUCAAAACAUUAUUGAUAAUGGAAUGUUAAUAACGGCUAUUGGAUUUUUAUUCUCCUUUCGAUUGCUCAAACUUUUACGAUUAGCUGAAACUACUUCAGAAAUGAAGAUCUUAAAACUAUGUGUUCAGAAAAGUUGGAAAAUAAUUGCUCUUCUUGUCAUGGUCUUUACAAUUUUCUCUGUUAUCUUUGGUUCGGCCAUGUUCUGGGCAGAAUUCGACAAUGCCGAUACCUUUCCUAACGUCUUUAUCAGCAUCUGGUGGGCAGUCGUUACCAUAACAACAGUGGGGUAUGGCGAUCACUACCCAAAGUCUCCCUUUGGAUAUAUCAUGGCAUCUCUGACGGCUCUGUUCGGUCUGCUACUGAUUGCGAUGCCCAUUGCUGCCUUAUCGUCCAAUUUCAGUACUUUUUACAACUGUUAUACUUACAAAAAGAAAUACACUGAAGCCCAGAAAAAGUACAAAGGAAAUGCCAAUGCACAAUGCGUUUUCAGAUAACCGACCGCUGGAAAUAUCACCUAUUCGCUUACAAGACUAGGAUUUCGCAUGUAUGUGGUUUAAAAAAUUGAUAUCGCUCCUUUGUUUUGUGGGAAUGGUUUAUUACGUCUCGCGCAGAUGCGAAUCAGAAUUCUUGACUCUCAUAAUUAUUUGUACAUGUAAUUAUGACGUCACAUUGAUUAUUCAGAAGCAUCAGAAGGGACUACUAAGAGGUGGAGUGUGCUUUGUAUUCCAGGGAUACAGGCUUUGUAUCUUCCUUACUCAAAUGCCAGUAUAAAUUCAUCGUAAAAUGCAGUAUAUGUAUUUGUAAUGAUAUCAAAGGUUAAAAUAUUGGAAUGUAAAUAUUACCAAAUAUAUAAGACCGGACUUCUAUUUAAUCUACAAGCCAUGAAUGUCCAUGUUAUGUAUAUACAGUGGAUUCUAACAAAUAAUUCAGACCAUAUUUCUAAUCCA